AAAUUGAAUGGAGAAAUACUCUCAGAUUCGGGAUAAACUGCUUCUGCAAAUUGAGGAUGAUGAGUGGGUGCAUCCCCGUUGUCCACAUGGUCCCACAGUGCUAUUCUAUCGACAAAGUCAGAAGCCCAACGAUGGGUACUACGCCUGCUCUGCUCAUCGCAACUCAAAGCUCUGUAAUUUCCACAUGGAAUUCAAUAAAUGGCAAAGGAAUAAACUUCAAAGAUUGUUAGAAAAUGUUCGCGAUUAUCCGCAGUCAACGAGAAACGAUGACGAUUCUGAUCCUACAAAUAAUAUGGAAGCACUCUCGCAAGACGAGGUGCAUGCACAGUACUUUUUCGAUCCGAGCGCCCUGGAAUUCUUAGCGAUUCAGUGUCGCUUGCUAGGAAUUCACAAAGUGGUUUGCAUGGGUGCACCUCGUCUCCACUUUUACCUUCGACGCACCACAAAAAUGAAAAGUUUUUUGCUGGAUUUUGAUGAACGAUUUGUUGUCUAUUUGAGCUCCAAGGAAUUUUGUCAAUACAACAUGUGCAACAAUCACUUCUUUUACAAUCCUGAACCAUUCGAGCAGUUCCUCAAGUGCAACAGCGAUGAACGCGUCAUGAUUGUGACGGAUCCUCCCUUUGGCUGUCGCACGGAGCUGAUAGCAAACACAUUGCGAUCCCUCACCCGUCUGCAUAAUCGAAUUAACAACCUGCCCGCCACUCCACUGCCCAUCUUCUGGGUGUAUCCCUACUACAUGGCCAAUUACAUUGUGGAUGAUAUGCCCGAAAUGCAGAUCUGUGAUUACAAACUCAACUACACAAAUCACAGUCGCUACACGAAUGUGGGCGAAUCACGACGGUGUCACGGAUCCCCGGUGCGCGUCUUUACCAAUGUGCCACUUGAGCUGCUGCAGCUGCCACCCGGCGAGGGUUACAAAUAUUGUCGGAAAUGCGAACGCUUUACGGCCGUAGAAAAUGUGCAUUGUGAUCGUUGUGGUGAUUGUUGCUCCCGAAACGGACAAAGCUAUCGCCACUGCCAGCUGUGUGAUCUGUGCGUUAAACCCAACUAUGUACACUGCCCCAACUGCAGACGCUGCUGCCAACGUGAGAAUCACAACUGUGCCUUGUAUCAGUCCAAGCAGCGCUGCUGGAUUUGUGGACAACGUGGACAUAUUGAGAAUAACUGUGGAAUUUUGAAGUGCCGAAAUCGAAAGGGGACGCAAAAACUGGGCUGCCUUCUUUGUGGCAAGGAGCAGCACACGGAACGCAGGUGCCCAAUGCGCUCCAAUUACUUGAAGGAAACCCAAUUCAUGGGACAAACAACGAUCGUUGCGAGAAAGGGAGUAAAACAAAGGAAAAGAAAAUUGUUAAAGUAGUUUGUCAUUU